UUCAAAAAAAUUUUUAAAUUAUUUAUUUCUAACUUUUUAUUUGCAAAAUUAUGGGUAGUUUAAUUUGGCUUAAUAAAAUCGCUUAUAUGCUUAAAAAAAAGAAUCAAAAUAAUAAGCAGUUAAAAAUUUGGAGUCACAUAAAUAAAAUAGAGGAAAAACAUAAUUUGAUUCCAGAGAGGUCUAUAUACAAAUUUGGCGAAUGCAUAAUGCCAAUCUGGGUUGAUAUAAACACACGAUUCAAUAAUGAAAAUAAUUUACGACGUUAUUUUGAUGACUAUCAAGUAAAUUAUUCGAAGCAGAAGCCUGAGUCUACUCUAAGUAACUUAUGGGAUAAUGAUGUCAGUACUAAUUUCGAUGCCGAAAAUGAAAAACAAAAACACACGGAAGAAAUUAAGUAUCAAUAUAUUGUCGGCUCUAAAUCCAGUAACAACAUAGUUAAGGCAAUAAUAAAUUAUAAGAGUAGUACAAUUGCCAAUAAUAAUGUUCAUUUGAAGUCCAACAUGUGUACCGGCAACGUUACUGAAGAAUAUGAAACACUAGGUAUAUUUCAGUCAAAUAUUGUGGUCAAUAAUGAUAGCAAAAAAGAGUGUAGUGAUUGUGUACAUGACAAAUCUGAAAAGGAGAUAAAAAUAGCUCACUUAGAGUCCAUUGUCAUAGACAAUAAAUCAAUGUCUUCACUACAAUCCUGUGUCGGUCCUAACAAUCACAAAAAGGACACUGCAACUGAUAGGUCGGUUGUUGGUGUUAAUUAUAAAACUACACUGGAGACUGAAACAGAACAUUUCCAGUCCAAUGUCGACAGUGACGGUAAUGACUUUCAUGAUAAUCAAGAAAUUCAGCCCAAUGUUGGUACCAAAAAUGACACUAAACAGCACUUGGAUGCAAUGAACUCAGUUCAACCUAAUAUCGGUCAGUAUGACGAAGACAAACAGGAUACAUCCAAUGUUAACUUUCCGUCUAGCCUCGGUGCCGAUAAUAAAAACAAAGAUGACCCACGGAACCCAGCAACUAUUAAAUACCAGUUGUUACAUAGAAUUCCUUUAAUGCUUCUUCACGUCAGUUUGUUUAUUGGACGAAGCGUUGGGAAUGUAUUCCCCUAAUAUAGUAUAAACAGUUCGUCGCCAAUAACUAAAUCAAAAAAAAAAUGUUUAAAAUUUUGACAACCUAAGGGGUCCAACUAAACAUCUAAUGAGAAUGAUAACCUGUUCUUCAGAUAUAUAUUUUUUUUCAAGUUUUUCGGAUCUAUUAAUUUGAACAGCUUUUAUGACUGGAUUGAUGACUUAUGAAGGUCCAUAUACAAAACAAAUAUAUAUAAUGAAUAGAAAUUAUAAUGAUUGUAAUGAUUCUGUUAAUUUUAAUUUAAAAGAUAUUGGAGCAAAAAUCGACAAAAAUUUGUAAUGUAGUUCCAAAGUAUGAACCACUUUGUACUUUGUGUUUACAUAUAUUAUCAUCCUACUGUUAAUUAUUGACAGUCCAAAAGGCGGUCUUAAAGAAGAGUGAAGUAUCGAAAUAGUUUAUAGAAGACUAAAAAAUCGAACAUUUAAGAAAAAUGGAGUGAAAAAGACCCAGAGUUUAUUUCCAAAUACCAACGCAAUUAUGGUGUACAAAAUUUUAAAUAUAUUUGUGUU